AUGUCCUACCAUGACGAGUAUGAUGACGGUGAUGAGCUCGGUGACUUGCCCUCGGGUCUGAGUGCCAGUUCUCUCCUCCCCAGCCCCGGCGGACAGUCAGGGGACAAGAUCGUAAGGAGACGAAGCAGCAAAGCAUGUGACCAAUGCCGAAAAUCCAAGUGCAAAUGCGAGCGUUCAGAUGGCGACGCCUGCAAGAGUUGCGUUAUGCUGGGCACUCCUUGUACGUUCCUCGGCCCGUCGCGUAAACGCGGGCCCCCAAAGGGCUAUAUUGACGCCAUAGAGGCGCGCCUGCACCAGACGGAGGCCCUGUUGGGCAUCCUCAUCGGGAGCGAUGAUGAUCGAGCCAGGGGCGUCCUUAACGAUCUCUCUAAGGAUCCACUUGCACGGGAGAUCAUCAAUCGUGUUGACGGCUCGCCAUAUGGUUCCAAGGGUCGCAAGAACGGGACCGCUCCAGGUCCCAAGACGCGUCCUGGCUCGACCUCGCCGACAGACGGAUCAAGUGAACAGAUCAACCUGCAGUCUACUCACCCAUCCAACGAGUGGCAGGACAAGGUCGCAACGCUGCUAGCCCGCAAUGGCAUCCUCCACAAGCAGGCCGAUGGUGUCUCCCUCAACGACCCUCUAGCGCUCACUAGACCUUCCGGUUCCCAAGAAACCACCGAGCAGCAUCCGCCAAGCCACCAAAAUGGCGGCGAGUCACCGGAUCAUGUUCGCAGACAGCGACGCAGAGUUGAAGCCGAAGGUUUUGAAUACGAGAGGCCCUCUUCGUCGUCUUCUGGGGGUCAACUUACUACGGCUUUCGGUCGUAGAACCAGCCCUGGCUAUCCAGGUGCUUCCCCCAUUCAUGGAGGCAGCGGGGCCUCCUACAGACAGGGUAGCUCCAGCUCCGUGGACUCGGAGUCCGAGGACGAAGUCACCGAUGCGGUAGGCCAACUUAGCCUUAACGAAGACGAACAGGUGCGCUACCAUGGCAAGGCCAGCGGGCUCUACCUUUUGGGAAUCAACCAACGGCAAGAGGCGAGGAACGAGGGCGGCAUCUGGCGUUUUCCCAAGGCCAGAGUGUGGCCGCCGUUACCUCCCGGCGCGCGAGAUAGCUCGACGACGCGGUCGGAAGUCCCGGAGGACGACAAGCUACCGUCACCACAGUUACAGGAACACCUCCUUGAGCUGUACUUCACGUAUGUUCAUCCGGUGUUUCCGGUUCUCAACAAAGCUGCGUUCUUCGAGGCAUUCAGACACGAGUAUGGCCAUUUCCGUUUAUCUUCGCCUGGGUCCCCUGCUUCCGAUGGCCAGGCCCGAUCUCCGAGCUCUAUCAUACACAGACCAAGGCGCGUGCCAGCGCUUCUGCUCCUGUCCAUGUACGCCGUCGCCGCUCGCUACUCGCCGUCGACAUUUGCGCCGCCUCAAGAGGCCGCUUCGAUGUGGACCGCAGGCGACGACUACCUGAACAACGCCAAAGUCAUCCUCGACAGCUCGUACGCGUCCUCGCGGCCGACCACGUGCCAGGCGCUCCUUCUCAUGGGUUUCCGCGAGAUCGGCAUCGGUGCGAUGGCCCAGGCGUGGGCGUAUGUCGGAAUGGCGGUCCGCAUGGCCCAGGAUCUCGGUAUGCACCGCUGCGCGGAUGGAUGGGCACGCGUCGGCCUGGGUGGUCGGCUGUUCAGCGAAAUGGAAAUCCAGGAGCGCCGCAGGAUAUGGUACGGAUGCGUCAUGCUCGAUAAGUACGUGUCGACGUACAUUGGUCGACCACUUGCGAUCUUCGAGCGGGAUUACGAUACACAGCUGCCGAGCGAAACAGAGCCCGACGAACUGGAGCUAUGGAGCCCGUUCCACUCGUCUCGGGCCAGCACACGCUCGCUGGAGGAAACAGGUGAUUCGGCGAUUGCGCCACCGGUUCCUGCGCGCACUCUGUCGUGCUUCAAUGCGUCGUCGAAGCUGUCUGGCAUAUUGAGCCGGAUCGUGCAGGAUAUCUACUCUAUACGACCCGGAUUCAGCCGACACGCGGAAUCGAUGCGUCUUGAAGGUCUGUUGAAUAAAUGGUACCUGGACCUUCCCCAGUACCUCCGAUACGAGCCGGGCCAGAAGACGGUGCCGCCACCUCAUAUCCUGACGCUGCACAUGCACUAUUGGUGCACGUCGUUGCUGCUUUAUAGGCCAUUAAAAUCCGGGGGAAGCGACGACGGCAACUCCCGAGCUGUCUCCGAGAAAAACUACGAACUUUGCGUCCGUGCCGCAAAUCACAUAUCCUCGAUAGCGGCAUCUUAUCGCGAGCAUUACGACCUUGGUCGAUCCCCCGUUUUCCUAACAUUUUACCUUUUCACUGCUAGCAUCAUGCACGUGACGAGCUUGUCGCUGUACCAUAACGAUCCGCAAGCCCGAGUUGGCCUCUCCAGGUGUAUGGAUGCCCUCCAGGACAUGCAGGUGACGUGGCCGAGUGCUGCCCGAGCACUGGAGCUUCUGCGCAACUCCAAGGGCUUCUCGUUGGAUAUCCAGGCCCGACAACAAAUCUCUCCAGGGAGGAAUAAGCGUGCAGCAGAGGGCGCGGUAGACGAGGAAGACGUGUUUCAGCGUGAUCACCAAGUACACCCUGGCGAUGCUCCGUACUCGAGGUGGCGGAACGCAUCGGGCCAUUCGUUAGACCAUGAAGAGUUCGGAGGCGUCUCGCAGUCGCCCCCGGGUGCCGGUAGCAGCACCGGCGGCGGGAGUGGCGUACCAUACUUCUCGCCAUACGAGCGCUGGCCUGCCGUUCAGUCCAACUACAUGUCGUUUCCCGGGACGAUCUCGACGUCGGUCCUCCCGCAGGUGUAUAGCACCGGGCUCAUCGACGAUCGCGUGUCGUCCCGCUCGCCACACCGGAUGAACGGCUACGAUCACGCUCAAGGGCAGGGGCAGAGCCGAUACCCGCAGUUCUGGAAUGACUACACGUCGCUGGCGCAGAUGGGCAUGGCGUACGGUGACGUCGCGCAGCCCCAUGCGCCUCCUAUCUCAGUGCAGAACCCGCCUCCUCAGGGGCACUCGGAGUCAUCGCCGAUCUACAUGCAAAGUCAAUAUAACCCUGUCUACAGUGAGUUAUGUUUCCUCUGUAUCUGUAUAACGCUUACACCCCUGUCACCCGUCCAGAUAACCAUCCUCCGCCACCAUCAUAGACUAUCAUUUUUUCCCACAUGUUAA